AUGGAUUAAGACUUGUGCUUACAUAAAGAGAAUAUUUAAUAAAAAACAGAUUAAUUUUAAUUAGCAGUUAAUCUAUUCAAUUAAAAAAAAUGGUUUGAAGCAGAUGAAUUGUUUUCUGAUUUAGUCCAAAAAAAACAAAAUACUCCUUAUGCUUAAUUUUAUAAAUGUAUUUUGAUUGCAAAUGUUUAAUAAGGCUAAACUUUAAUCUAUUUAAAUCAAGUCGAGAAGCUAAUAGCAUUUGUUGAGUAAAUUGAAAAAGAAAAUCCUUAAUUUUUUGCUUAGGUUAUAGAGCAUUGUAACCAAGAAUUGAAAAAUGAUUCUGAAAAUAUUAUCAUUUUAUGUAUUAAAGGUAUAGCUCUAGAUAUUUUACAUUAAUUUGAUGAAUCUGAAUCUAUUAUUAAUGAGGCAAUUAAAUUAAAUCCAUAAUUCCCCCUGAUUUAAGUUUGGAGAUGUCUUACUCUAAUUUCAAAGAAAAAGUAUAACGAAGUGAUAGAUGUUGGCUAAAAGGCUUUGAAAGAACAUCCUAAUUUUGUAAUUCUUCAUCAUUAUGUAGGGAUCUCAUUAUAAAUAUUAUCAAGAUCUGUUGAGGCUUUGGAACAUUUCGAAAUCAUUCUUUAAUUAAAUCCAAAUCUAGUGCAUAUUUAUUUAUGGAAAUGUAUUUCUUUAGAAACAUAAAAUCAAUAUCUUAAAGCCCUGUGUUGUUAUGAUUUAGCACUUAAGCUUGAUCCAAAUAAUUCAGAAAUAACUAAUCAAAAGAGUAAGAAGAAUAUCAAUUAUGUUUAAAGGAAUUUCACUAUAAGGCUUAAAUAUGUAGAGGAAAGCAAUCUAAAUUUAACGUCUAGCAAUUUAAUUGGGAUAGGAUGA